AUGGGAUGUGAAUGUAUAUCUCCGCCACCAGAAUUUGACGUACCUCCGCCACCAGAUCCAUCAUUGAUUUGGAAUUUACUUUUUGAUGAAGCAAAUGAAAAACUCACUGAGGCCUGCUGUGCUCAAUUGGAUGGCCUAUUCAGAGCAAUUCAGCUGCCAAAUUCAGAAAGAGAUAAUGAAGCGGAAAGGUAUAAAAAGAAAGAAAGAACCAGAAACAAACGAAAAUCGGAAUAUCCAACUGAUAUAAUACUAAAUACCUCAGAAUGGCCAUACACGAAUGCAGAAGAAAAUAAUACUUCGAUGAAGGCUGGUGAUCUACUUUACGGGUCAACCGGGAAUGACUUCCUUGUGCAUAAAGCUAUUCCAAUCACAUCAAAUCUAUUGAGGAAUUAUUCUUGCCGUCCUAACAAUUUGCCGUUAAAUUUAAUGAGAAAUUCGAUGCAACGAUCUGCAAGUACACUUCGACUGCGAGGUUCCACAGAUGGAUACUGUACAAUUGGUAAAAUGUACGAGGAAAUACCGAGGAAUCGAAUUUUCAACAACAUCCAAACAAGUAGUAAUCCGUGGACAUCUACGAGAGAAUGUAAGCUGCAGACAAACUAUGGGAUAUCUUCGGUACGCAGGCCACCACCGACAUGUCGACCUCCUCCCCCACCACCCGAGGAUUCUCCGAUUAGUUUAGAUUCUACAGAAAACUCUUUGGAUAAAGAAUUUAACGCAACUCCAAAACGCUCAACAGAUGAUGAAAAGUCUAGAAAUUCUGCGAAUUCUGGUGAAAAUGGGCAUGAAAGUGGCUAUGGCACUGCCCCAAAUAGAUCGUGGAACAGUCCGGUAGUUUUACAUGAACAAAAACGGAUUCCAUUUCGGCAAUCAGAAGAAGUUCCUCGCCGUCAGACACCGUUAGCUAUUUAUGCUCAUCGCACCAAUGCUCAUCCCAUGACUUACGUGUAA